UUCAUGCUCCGACCCAUUACCUGCUAGUUCUCCGGUGUUGGAAGGCGCCGCCCCUUCGCGGUGUCCGGGGGAAGCACGCUGCCUGCUCAUAGGGGCGUUUGGAGGAGGAGAUGAGAAAGUGCUUGGAAAAGAACCACAGAGCCUGGCCUGUCGGAAGUGGCCAGUGAAGUGUGAUGUGCAAGCUCAGAAAUGCCUUAUGUGGAUCGUCAGAAUCGCAUUUGUGGUUUUCUGGACAUUGAAGAAAAUGAAAAUAGUGGUAAAUUUCUUCGAAGGUACUUCAUACUGGAUACCAGAGAAGACAGUUUUGUUUGGUACAUGGAUAAUCCACAGAAUCUUCCUUCUGGGUCAUCACGUGUUGGAGCCAUUAAACUUACCUACAUUUCAAAGGUCAGCGAUGCCACUAAGCUGAGGCCAAAGGCUGAGUUCUGUUUUGUUAUGAACGCAGGGAUGAGGAAAUACUUCCUACAAGCUAAUGAUCAGCAGGACCUGGUAGAAUGGGUCAAUGUGUUGAACAAAGCUAUAAAAAUUACAGUACCAAAGCAGUCAGACGCACAGCCUCAUUCUGAAAACCCGAGUCGCCACGGUGAAUGCGGGAAGAAGCAGGUGUCCUACCGAACGGACAUCGUUGGCGGUGUGCCCAUCGUCACUCCCACUCAGAAAGAAGAAGUUAGUGACUGUGGCGAAGGUGCUGACAGAAACCAUGUGAAACGGUCCCAAAGCCACCUGCCUCACCUUGCCCCCAAACCCUCCUCCGACAGUGCGGUCAUCAAGGCGGGCUACUGCGUCAAGCAGGGGGCGGUGAUGAGGAACUGGAAGAGGAGGUACUUUCAGCUGGACGAGGACACGAUCGGCUACUUUAAGUCCGAGCUGGAAAAGGAGCCUCUCCGCGUCAUACCACUGAAGGAGGUGCACAAGGUCCAGGAGUGCAAGCAGAGUGAUAUAAUGAUGAGGGACAAUCUCUUUGAAAUUGUGACAUCGUCUCGGACUUUCUAUGUGCAGGCGGACAGCCCCGAGGACAUGCACAGCUGGAUCCGAGCCGUCUCCGGUGCCAUCGUCGCCCAGCGGGGGCCCGGCCGGUCAGCCUCCGCUGAGCAUCCCGCCGGCCCCGAGCCCCAGUCCGUGCUCCGCCCUGCCGGCGCCCCGCAUCCCGCAGCCGCUCGCAGCCGCUCUCUGGUCUCCAGCCUCACCGUGGAGAAGCGAGGAUUUUACGAAUCUCUUGCCAAGGUCAAGCCAGGGAGCUUCCAGGUGCAGACUGUCUCUCCAAGAGAACCAGCUUCCAAAGUGACUGGCCGAGCGCUGCUCAGCCCUCCGGAGCCAGACAGCGGCCCCGUGGACUUGGACGACGCGAGCCUGCCGGUCAGUGACGUGUGACACGGAGGCCUGGGACGCCCCCGCCACUCAGCCCCUCAAUUUCCUCUCCUGAGGCUCCAGCCAAAGAUGACAAAGGGUGAAAUGGCUUCACGGCCCGUGUCCUAUGCCUCGUCGACGUCCUCUUCGUGCUGGUGAACCGAGGGUCUGGGGAGGGGCCGCACCAAAGGGAUCUCUUCAAAGAAGGAGGAAGGGAGACGCCACGUGGCUCCGUGUUGCAUCCGAGCGCUGUGUCCUCAUCUAGUGAUGGGCACGGGGUGUGGUGUCUUUUCCUCGUGCAUUUGACCAUUGAAAUGCUCAUCAAUUUAAAACAUUGAAAAUGCUUAUUAAUUAUCUUGGUUGUUUUUAAAAUGCUACUAUGACUUCCUGUUAGAUGGUUGCUAUUUACCCUCUCUUACCGGUGAACGUGAUAGAAUGAAAUGCCGCCAGACUGCGCUCACAUCGUGCUGUCCGGUGCUGGGGGACUCAGCACAAGGCGUGUGCCGGGGUGACCACCUGGUGCCUGGGCCUCGAGGUGGCGCUGAGCUUUCAUAAAGGAUGCUGUUGGACCGUACGAGGGCUGUGGGUCGUCCUAGGGUGAGAAGUGGGGAGGAGACUGGAAACAGCUGUAUCGCAGACACUUGUUUGGGGAAGGUAACGAGGGCUUGCAGUUGUCCGCUUUACUCGGUGAGGGUUAUUUGGUGUGACGUUUCUGGGAGACCCGAUUUUUUUAUGGAAGUUUUGUACAAAGUUUUUAUUUCUGUCCUUGGGUCAGUGAGAGACUCCGAGUUUAUUUGCAGAGACACCUGCCCCAGGCACGAGAUGUGGCUCUAACAACCCGUUCAAGUGCCUGUGUUUUCAUCCCGCGCGUGCUCAGACGUCCUCUGUGGUUGGCUGUAAGCACUGGGGUGGAGGUAGAUUUCCAUGGCACAGCUGAAUGUGUUAGAUGAGGUAUCGUUCUCUGUUGAGAUGCAGGAUGCUGGUGGUGUACGGCCUGUGCAGCAGUGUGUUUUCAGACAUGAAUCCGUGUGCACGGAACACGGGCUGCACAGGCACAGGCACCGCGCAGAGUCCUUGGCUGGAGGUGCGGCUGGGAGACUGGUUUGGGCGGGACCAGCUUUGCGGUUCAGUCUUGAACUUUUGCUUUAAGAAGAUAGUCUUGAAUCUCAUGUGCUGCUAUUUUUAUGAUGUUUUGCCAUUUUAUAGUAUUGUUUUGUUUUGAGUUCAUACCUGUCCUGUUUCUCCCUUUCAUUGUCUAAGAUGAGUUCUCGUCUGAGGACGACUUUCUCUCCUGCUGCAGCUGUGAGGUCCAGAGGUUCCUGUCUGUCACAGUACAGUUGCCAUGGCGGCGGUGUGAUGCACAAAUGCACAGAGAACGCACCACUCCACCUUUCAUUCAUAAGCUAAUGUUUUUAAAGUUAUACUUGGAGUUUUCCUUUUUUGCAGCUACACUUGGAAAAGAUAGAAUGACAAGGUUUUAGGAUCUGUCCCUUUUCUGUGCGUGGUCGUGGCUCUUUGAGUCCGUGCACACCAAGGAAGUCUUGGCGGACGGUCUGUGACGCUCAGGAGCCCGAGGCUGCUCUCUCUGCUGACCCUGCAGGGCGCGUCUGACCUGUCCUGUUUGGUGACGCUAUAGCUGCAUAGUGCGAAGGACUGUCUCCAUUUCGAGACUUUUAUGGAACUGCCUUUGUAUUCUCUAGCAUAGGACAACGUUCUUGUGAUUUCUGGGGUCUUCUGGUAUUUAUCUCAAUACUUUUAUAAUCCUAUGAAAAUUAUUUAAUUAUUUUAAAACGUAUACUUUUCUUGUAAAUAUGUCACAUCUGAAUUGUCAGAAAUUUGAAAACCUUAAUGUUUGCUGCGUUUUUUUUCUGUACAUAUAACAUGCCUUCUUUCAGAAUGGGAUACACGCGUGCUUCCCAGUGUUUACUUUUACAUGUCACCUUUCUAUGUCCGGGUGAACACUGUACUGACUCGAGAAUAAACUCAAAAUUCA